GCGUGUUGGUUUCACUUCACUAUAAGUUAGUUUCGCUGGGAACAUGGAAGAUCGCUUCUCUUUUGCCUUGUGGUUUCUGUGGCUCACACCGCCAUCGUGUCAAACUGAAUCAUAGUGGGGUGCCUUUGCCAAAAUUGAUUUGUGGGAGCAGAUCCUGCGAGGUCCAGAAGUUGAUGAGGGGCACAACAGUGUCAGAAGCAAGGGAGGGAUGAGCUGGACAGGUACCGACGUCGGGGCGAUGCAUCGUGCCGGAGAGAAGAGCCGUGCGGGGCGGCGGGAGUCGUGCCCCGCCGUCCCCCGCAGCAGCGGCGGCCGGGCCGUGCUGGGGGUGCUGACGGAGAACGGGCAGCAGCCGCGGCCCGGCGGCCAGGGUGCUGCUGUUAUCAAGCGCUUCUCUGGCUUUGAAAACACCAUCCCUUUAUCUAGAAAAGAUGAAGUGCCCAACUUCAUGGUCAGUGCUGCAUCAAAGCAAGGGUUUGCUAUCUACGUAGAUGACCCAGAAGAUAAAGAAAACUACACCUGCCAAGUGUCUGAAGUGCUGGAAUUAAGCCACUGUGAACUGGAUACCAGUGCAAUGACAUCCAGUAUUCACCGGCUGCUGGAUCUGAGUUCAGGCUCUCCUAUGGUAGUGGACACAUCCUUCCAAUCCCAGCCAGAGGAUCACAUGGAAGAUGUUGUAACUCUGGCUGUGGGAGAGUAUGCAGAAGACAUUCAUCAGUACCUCCGAGAGGCUGAAGUAAGAUUUAGGCCCAAGCCCUACUACAUGAAGAAGCAACCUGAUAUCACAACGGGAAUGCGUGCUAUCCUGGUAGACUGGCUGGUGGAAGUAGGGGAGGAAUAUAAACUUCGAACAGAGACUUUGUACUUGGCGGUGAACUUCCUUGACAGGUUUCUUUCCUGCAUGUCUGUUCUCAGAGGGAAGCUACAGCUUGUUGGAACGGCAGCAAUUCUUCUGGCGGCGAAGUAUGAGGAGAUCUACCCACCAGAUGUGGAUGAAUUUGUCUAUAUAACAGAUGAUACCUACACGAAGAAGCAGCUGCUAAGAAUGGAACACUUACUUCUGAAAGUACUGGGUUUUGACCUAACAGCCCCAACCAUCAACCAGUUCCUCCUUCAGUAUAUUCAGAGGCGUGGAAUCUGUAUGAGGACAGAGAACUUUGCAAGGUAUCUUGCAGAGCUGAGUCUCCUUCAAACUGAUCCUCUUCUGAAGUACCUUCCUUCACAAAUUGCUGCUGCAGCCUACUGUUUAGCAAACUAUACAGUGAACAGAUCUUUCUGGCCAGAAACACUUGCUGCAUUUACUGGAUAUUCAUUAAGUGAGAUAGUGCCUUGCCUGACUGACCUGCACAAAGCAUGCCUUGAUGCUCCCCAUUGCCAGCUGCAAGCUAUAAAGCAGAAGUAUAAGCACCCCAAGUACCUGCAGGUGUCUCUUUUGGAGCUCCCAGCAGUUCUUCCUCUACGCUAGACACUGUGGAUCCUGGACCUGAAGAUUACUGUGUCCCAAUCAACAAAGCUGGUCUAACAUGUCAUAGAGCACUGCGGGUCAUGUGUCUAUAACCAUAGUGAUCAGAAUGGUUUUUAAGAUAAUAUUGUUUAAUGAGAUGCUUUUUUAAAAAUUGAUUUUAGACUAUAGCUCUUAACAUAACUGACAGCACUUUUAAUAAAUGUCUUAUUACACUCUA